AUGCUGCAGUCCAGGGCAUUGGUGAUAGCUCUGAUUCUGCUCCUUAGCACCACUCUCCCUGAAGUGCAGUCAAAGUCCAUCUUUGAGAAAGACCGUCGUGAGUUGCUGGCCAUCCCUGAGACUAUUGCAUCUUACUUCUAUGAAGCUGUGAACAAGGUGUCCCCUAAAGUCAGUCAGUUCUUGUUAGAUACUGUCCAGAGUCCAACAGUUAUUGCGGCCAGACAGAGAAUCGCCAAAGAAGCAACUAAAGUCAGUAUAAUGUUUGAACAGCUGGUUGAAAAAAUAAAGAACCUGUGGUACACAAGAGUCCUAGGCUAUUAGCCAAAUGAAGACAAGUCAGUGUUUCCCGAUGUGAGUGUGUAACACCCUGCAGUGUCCUCUUUCCCCCUGCCCCUCCUACGGACCAAGAUCAGUCAAUAAGACAGAAUCGAUGCUCCUCUUAAUGCCACUAGAGGGAACCCACCUUCAAAGACCAAAAGAUGGAAGGCAUCUGCUGAAGGUAUCUGCUGAAGCCUCCCGGGAAAAAAAUCAAGCGGCUGGGCAUGGGGAAGGCAAUAUAGAGAUUGUAGAGUUCUUCUGUAGCCAAAUCUUGAAAAUUAAUUCCUCCUGAAUGGC